UUGUCAAAAUCAAAUGCACUUCUUUGACGUGUCAGAUAUUUGUAAUUUAGUUCUUUCAUAUAUUAUAGUUUAAUUUUUUGCAUAUUUCUCUAUUUUGUAUGAAAUGGUUUCUUGUUAAUAAUAAUUAUUAUUUGUAUUAAUAAGUGCGUAGGAGUAGUGAAACAUGGAUUUCUUAAAAAGCGGUCUCAAGACGGUGCUUGGUGCUCCGGAGCCCGGGCAACAACCUUCGGCGGCUGAAACGGUUGAACGUUUAGUCGACAGAGUAAACAACUCUACACUGUUAGAGGACCGCAGAGAUGCAUGCAGGGCUCUCAAGGCGAUGUCGCGCAAGUACAGAGUGGAGGUCGGAGCGCAGGGCAUGGAAACUUUGAAACAGGUGUUAGAGCUAGACAGAGCUGACAAUGAAACAAUAAAUUAUGCAUUGGACACCCUCAACAACGUCAUGUCACCUUCGCAGUUCGAAGAAGAAGAGGACAAUCCUCACAUACCCAUGAACAUUGGUGAACAAUUCACAGAAAUGUUCAUAAAAGACCACCACAAUAUUCAACUUGUUUUAGAAUUACUAGACGAGUAUGACUUUAGAGUUAGACUGUCCGUAGUACAGCUACUGACUUCGUUGCUAACAAAUAGACCUAAAGACAUACAGGAGAUUAUUCUAGUAAAACCCAUGGGAGUAUCCAAAAUGAUGGACCUCUUAAGUGACACUAGGGAGGUUAUACGUAACGAAACGCUCCUGUUACUGAUCAAAUUGACAAAAGGAAAUGCUAAUAUACAGAAAAUUGUUGCCUUCGAGAAUGCCUUUGAUAGAUUAUUCGAAAUAGUGUCAUCUGAAGGUUACUCCGAUGGGGGAAUCAUUGUUGAGGACUGUUUACUGUUAAUGUUGAACUUAUUGAAGAAUAAUAGUAGUAAUAUUUACUUUUUCAAAGAAGGCAGCUACAUACAAAAGAUGCUGCCAAUGUUUCAUGCUCCGGAUGAGUCCGAGGAUGCUGGUUGGUCGCCGCAGAAGGUCUCUAAUGUACAUUGCAUGCUACAAAUUGCCAGAACUCUAGUAUCGCCCAGUAACUCUGUACAGAUCAUAUCCUGUUGCCAAAAAAUCAUGAAGAAUGUAGGUUUAUUGGAUUCGUUGUGCAAUAUUUUGAUGGCUAGUGGCGUGCCUGCGGACAUAUUGACUGAGACAAUAAAUACUGUUGGGGAAGUAGUGAGGGGAGAUGUGACGAACCAGGAUUUCUUAGGCAAUGUCAUGGCGCCGUCCAAUCCGCCACGUCCCGCCAUCGUAGUGCUCCUUAUGUCUAUGGUCAAUGAAAAACAGCCGUUUUCUCUAAGGUGUGCCGUGCUGUACUGCUUCCAAUGUUACCUCUACCACAACGAGAUGAGCCAAGCGGGGCUGGUGCAAACUCUGCUGCCGUCGUCCACCGAUGUCUCCAGCCUGACCAGUGGCCAGCUUCUCUGCGGGGGGCUGUUCUCGUCUGAUGUCCUAUCCAACUGGUUCUCCGCUGUGGCCCUGAUGCAUGCCUUAACUGAGAAUCCAGCGCAGAAGGAGCAGCUCCUCAGGGUGUUAUUGGCAACGAAUAUAGGGAGCUCUCCAGUGUCGCUGCUGCAUCAGUGCACAUUGUUGCUACAGCAAACGACGAAACUUCAGUCUAAGGUGGCUCUCCUCAUGUUGUUAUCACAAUGGAUGAGCUACUGCCCACCAGCGGUGAGCGCCUUUCUCAAGGUCCCGGGAGGUGUCGGCUACCUCGUCAACCAGACGUGUUCAAACGAGCACGACGACAACGAAUACCUUCUCCAAGGUCUCUCCGCCUUCCUGCUGGCCAUCUGUAUACACUUCAACGAUGACUCAGCAGAGAACUACACAAAGGACUCCUUGAAACAGCUCCUGCUGAAGAGGAUCGGUAUGGAGACCUUCACGGCCAAGUUGAGCGAAGUGACCAAGCACGAGCUCUACAAUAAAGCGGCGAAACACCCCCAGCUGAGGGUGAAGAUGCCGGCAGAGAUAUUGAUAGACUACGAAUUUUGCAGGCUCUUCAAAGUUUUAGAAAGUGUCCUGAUCCAAAGCCUAAUAGAAAAGAAACAGGAUGAGAGCAAUGAGCUGAACCAUGAGCGGUCGUCCCCGGAGAGUGGCACGCUGGAGCAGUACAAGAGUCUCAUCAGGCAGCAGGACGCGAGGCUGCAGGAGCUGUUGUCGCAGGUCGAGGGGCUGGUGCAGCAGAACCAAUCGUUACAGGGCGCCCUGAACGACUCACUAGCAUCGAACUCCCAUCUCAAAGACGAGAAUACGAUGUUGAAAGCUCAAUUGUCCACCGCCAAAUCAUUACCAAGCAACCAAGUUCAGCCGCCAAGUCAAGACAACACCAAGUUAAUAGAAUACGAGGAAAAGAUCAAACAGCUAACGGCCGAAGUCACACGACUGGAUACGGAUUUGAGGGUAUCGCGGGACAGUCAGAAACUCGCCGCCGAGGAGUUGGAGACGCUGAGGAAAGACCAAGAUGACUUGUUGGUGUUGUUCGCUGAUCAGGAUUUGAAGUUGAAUGAAUACAAAAUGCGUUUGAUCUCACUGGGCCAACCAGUCGACGAAGAUUCUGUGGAGCCGCAGCAAAAUCUCACGUAAUCAAUAGUUUUAUUUUAGCUUAUUUUAAAAAAAUCCUUAUAAAAUAUCUGUAUGUACAUUUAAUAUUUAUUGUAUAAUUAUUAAUUUAAAUUAAAAACCAAAUCCAUUCAAAUUAUAUUAAAUGUUUUAUUUAUACUGAUAAAAUCUUAGAGACUUAAGACUAUCCACAGUAAGAACAUCAAGUCAUCACUGUUUAUAAUUAGUGUAAUAAAUAAUUAUAAUUAAUAUAAAAAAUAUAUAAUUAAUAUAUAUUUUUUUUUAUUUUCUAUAAUAUUAAAUAUAUUUUGCCAUAUGUAUUACCGUUAUUAUUUAUUCGCGGGCAAAAAAAUGUCAAAUAUAUCGGAAGAUUUGUAUGUUUAAUUUGGCGGGAAUUUUGCCCGCGUAUUGAAAAAAAAUUUUUUUUUUAAUUUUUAUAAGGGCCUAGCCCCUUGUCACGGGCAAAACAAUAAAUAAAAAUAAAAAACUU